AUGUUUAUAUCAAUUAAAUCUUUUGACUAAAAGAAAUCUAUUGAGAAUUAUUUAGAUAUUUAAACUAUAAAUAAUGUAUAUUAUAAUUUUUAAUAGAAAUCAGAACAACAAAAUUGCCAUUAUUCUUGUUAAGAUUAUGAUAGCCCAUUAAAUUUCGAUUUUUUAUCUGUUCUGAAGCAUUUUAAAGAAUAUAUAUCGUCUAGUAUAAAGCCUGCAUUUGUCCACAUAAUUAAUUAGAUGAUUAAAUUAUUUAGAACUGUCUACCAUUUUCCGAUUAAUCAUUUGAUAUCAAGGUUUUACAAAAAAUUAAUGAUUGCAAAUUUGGUUAUUUUUUUUGCAUGGUAAAUUAUAUUAUAAUUAUU